AUGAAAAAAUUUAAUAAAGUUUAUACCGAUACAUUGGUCUCUGUUAAGGAGAUCAUGAAUAAAAAUAAAGAUAACACUUUAGAAUUUCCCGACUAUACACUAAAAACAAAGGCAUUGGAAGAUUUAAAAUUAUAUUCAAAAGAUUUUUCACUCAAACUAAACAAACAAUCCAAAAACAAUCAAAGUUUAAUUGAAGAAAAUAAAAUAUUUAGCGAACAAUUGGUUUUUUAUAGUAGUUUAUUUUUAAAUUUAAAUGAUGAAUCAUAUAAUAUUUGUGACCCUUUAUCAAAUUUAUUUAAAUUAUUAUCGCAACUAGUUCAAGAGAUUGAAACAUGUAGAAAUAAAUUUGACCAAUCAAUUAGUUCAAAAUGGUUAAAUCAAUUACAAGAGUUUCAAAAAGUGGACUAUAAAGACUCACAACUAGCAAAGAAUAGAUAUGACAAAGCAAGAAUUCAAUUUGAUAUAGCAUCUGAAAAUUUUAAAAAUUUAAGAAAGAAGCAAAAUAACAACGCUGAACGUUUAUUAGAGGCCGAAGAUAAUUUAGAUUUUAGCACUCAACAAUUCUCUGAUAUUGCCUCAGAGUCUUUAAAUCAAAUGGAAGAAAUUAUUGAUAAACAUAAUUCAGAGUCAUUCGAAUCAAUGUGUUCAUCUUUUUCAUCAUAUAAAGAAUUUUUUCAAAAAGGUUUAGAAAUUUGCAACUCUAUGGAAGGUGAACUCGAAAAACAAAAAACAAAUAUGAAUAAAUAUAAACAAAAUUUACAAGAAAAAAAGAAAUUAAGAUCAACUGUUGUACAAUUUGAACAAUCAACCAAUACUGUACCAGCCCAACAAACCCCUGCUGCAAAAGGUAAUACCAAAGUAUUUGGUAUGAAUUUAUCAACCAUCACAGAAAGAGAGAAAUCAGAUAUCCCUUCAAUUAUAGAAAAAUCAUUACAAUUUUUAAGUAUGGAAGAGAAUAUAACCCAAGAGGGUAUUUUUAGAGUUUCACCAAAUCAAAGAGUUUUAACAGAACUUAAAAACAAUGUUAAUGCAGGCUUUGUAACAACUCUAGAUGGUAUAGAUGAUGCUUAUUUAAUGUCCUCAUUUUUAAAAUGUUUCCUUCGUGAAAUGCCAGAACCAUUAUUCACCUUUAAACUUUACCAACCAUUAGUAAACUGUGUAUUGGAAGAUGAAGACGAAUGUGACAAGGUUAAAAUAUCAGAAAAAAUUGCAGGCCUUAUUGCCACCCUCCCAAGACCAAAUUUCAUAUUAUCUAAACAUUUACUCUCACUAUUAUGGAAAAUAUCAACAAAAUCACAAAAAAAUAAAAUGACCACUAGUAAUUUAGCAGUAGUUAUAGCCCCAAAUAUCCUCUAUCCAAAAGUAUUGGAUAUUAGAUCCUUAACAAAUUCAAAUACAACAAUCGAAUUUAUGAUUGCAAAUUUUACAUUAAUAUUCAAUAAUCCACAAAUUUUAAAUCUAUACAAUACCAAUUCUAGUGUUUCGAAUACUGCCUCAAGUGCAACCGCCUCUAAUCCAAGACAUAGUACAAUGGUACCACCAUCAUUACCUGCUAGACCUCAAUCUGUAAUGUUUAAACAAACCCCAAUUAAUGUAAAUGUUAAUAAUAACAAUAAUCCAAGUGGUGCAUCACCACCACACACACCAACCAAACUAAGUAACUCAUUACCACAAUUACCACAUAUACCUCCAAAGGCCAGUAACACUACUUUAUCACCACAACAAGCCCCAGCUUUACCACCAAAAAAUAAAAGACUAUCUAGCUCAUUACAAUUACCAGUACAGCCACAACCACAAUCUUCAUCAUCACCUUCAUCACCCUCCUCAUCACCAUCACCAACUCCUACAGGCCCAAAUCCUUUAAGAUCAUCUACUGGCUCAACUCAAAAACCAAUUAGUAAUAGAGUUUCAAUGUAUUUGGCAAAUUCAAACUCACAAAAUCCCCCACUACCUCCAAAACCAAAUAGAAAUAUAAACACAACCCUCAAUAAUAGUAAUAACUCACGUUUAUCGAGUAGUGCAGAGAUUUCACCACCACCAUUAGCUCCAGUCGAAUUAUUUGAAACAUUGGAACCAUCUAAAAAAACUCCAGAUAAUAUUAAACCAGAAACCAAUUGGAUAUAA